AUGGAUUUUCAAAGGCUAUCAAUACUUUUUUUUAUUCUUUCCUACUCAAUUUUUUGUCACUUAGUUUGGAAUGGGUGUUAUAAUGUUCAUUCCUGUUCUGAAACUGAAGUAUAUAAUUCACUAUACAAUGCUAAUAAAAAAAACCAAGCUACAAAAUCAGGAAUGCAAAAUGGUAUUAAAUUUGGACGAGGGAAAUCAGGGGAUGCAAAAGGUCCCCCUUGUCCUAUCCUACCAAAACCUAUAAAGUCGAUAUUUCACCUUAAUUGGUUCAGAAAGUCCCCCGACUUAUUCCCUAUAAGUAUACAAUUAUAUUCCAUGUUUAAUGAGAAGCCAAAUACCUUAGGAUUUCUUCUUUUAUCUUCAGCCAUUUUUACCAUAAUUGAAUGGAUAUACAUAAUCUAUCUACUAAGUAUGCUGCUAUGGGACGGAUUUGUAAAACCUGUAUUUAAAAUAAUAUACUUAAUAAUUUUUUUAUGCGCAUUGAUGAAAUGUUCAGUUAUGUUUAUGCCAUAUGCAAAAUCUUAUAUGCCUCAAGAUAAUUACAAAUAUGUAUCCUCUAUGGUAUUUAAUUUUUAUAACGUAGCUAGUAAGCUGUACAAUGAUGUGAGCACGUUGAUAAAUAAUGCCUUAAAAGAGGACUUGGGAAGUUGCAUAUAUAAAUAG